AUGAAGCUUCUCCGCCUUAGUUUGUUAACUACGAUCUUCAAUUCCCCCUUCCAGGUGUAUGCCAUCAAUGUCGCUGUGAGAAGAAUUGGGGAUAGUGCUGUCAUUAAGGACAACAAAGUUACCUGGAUUGGAGAAGGAGGGUUUGAGGACGGGUUUUCGUGCCCUGAUUCCCAUGUUCUUAAUCCCAGUGCCGACAAGGCAUUUGCUUCCUGCUGUUUGCCAGGUCAAACACUUAAAGAAUCAUCCACCACCGCAUUCGACUGCUGUGCUGAAGGCCAUGAUCUGGCCGGCUCAGAGGCUACCGGCUAUAUCUGCUGCCCAACUGGUCACACCUAUGAUGGGAAUGUCUGCAGCAAUGGGAAGCCCCUUGUGGAUAACAAAUGCGCUUGCACCAAAGAUCAGAACCAAAAUGUGACUACCGAAGGUUGUUGCGAGCCGGAAGAAUGCUCAUCUGGUCUAAAGACCGGAAAAUGUUAUACUUUUCUCGAGAAAAAUGGAGAACUUCUAGGAUACACUCGUACUGGCGGGUACUACAACUCGGCCCCGGAUAGCAGAGAUCGCAUCUUUGGAAAAUUCCAACUCUGCAGAGACCGGACAUGCAACCCAGGACGGCCCAUAAAUCCCGGGGACGAGCUCUAUAUCAAAGACCUGCACGGGACUCCAAUGGAUGGAGCAGAUGCAGGUCAAUGGAUGAACAACGCUGCGGAUGGUGGCCAUAUUGGCAAAACUCCGGACUUUGCAAGAGCUGGUAGAUUUGCUAUCACUAAAUGGCCAUGCGCCAAAUACUGUAUAACUGGCGCAGAAUUUGGCCUCGGGCCCGUUUGCCCGGCGAACCAACCUGCACUUACCUUCUACACGCGAUCAUCUGAGCCGUGUGUCCCGUUCGAGCUUACGGAAGUUCCGUGUACUGUAAGGGGCAUCACGAACAAUUGCAUCUGGCGCAAUGGCAAGGAUCAAUGUUGUGACAAGAUUGACUGCUCGGAGCGGGAGUGUCACAAGUAA